CCAGGAUAUGCGACGAUGAAGCGCCCUAUACGCAGUUUGCGGGUCGGACAACUCGAUCACCUCGUUGACACAUUCUUCUUCUGUCCCUCCUGCACAACAGUGCGCCUAGCUCAACCUUCGCGACCCUGUGUUCCGAAAUCGCUUCCCUCCAAACCCACUCGCAGAUGCGCCUCAACACUCAGCUCAAGAACAGCUGUGAAUGCUGUUAAGAACAUACCUACACGCUAUCAGGGUCUCUACAAGGCACUCGGCGACGUUCAAAAGAAUGCUUCGGCCCAAGUCAACCUGAGUAGGUUACGGCUUGCUCUUCAGGGCCUAGAGUCGGAAACCCCCACAACUCGUGUAGCAGUUUUGGGGCUUGAUACACAAGAAACUGCGCGGAGACUAGUCCGACUUCUUCUAGCCGAUGCCUUGGUUGAUGAAAGUCAAUGGGAGAAAGAAUUGACAAGCAAUAUACAAGAGCUUGGGCCAGACGUGGUCAUUCGUUAUGGCGAUUCUCCCAGUCCUAACCUACAACCCUCGAAGUCGGCUGUGCCAGUCCUUUAUAUCCCCUCAAACGUGCUAGAGAUCAACAAUAUCGAAAUUCUUGUUUCAUCCAUCAAUUCACUCCGAAACGGCGAGCUCUUGCAUGGCUCUGAGACCAUCACAUCAGAUGCAUUCCUAUCGCCGUCAGUAGGAACCCCCACGUCAGCAUAUGGACGCCAAACGACGAUCGGCCAACCCGUACAUAGCACGCUGCUUGUCGCUAAUGGACUGGACGAUCUCCUAGCCUGUGCAGAGCUCCUUGCUUCUACAAAUUUUGUGGCGAGAGAAGAUCGUGAAUCAGUGAGGAUCGUCGUCAAUCUCCAGGACCUCAAAGAGGGUUCUCAAGCUAAAGUCCUCAUUGUGGACGCGCUGCAGGCUGAAGAAGGCCUUUCGGCAAUCCGCCGUUCUGUGCGUGAAGCAACCACGUACGAGCAUAAAUGGGUUAAUUCAGGACUUCCAGCACUGUCUGACUGGUUAACCCAAUCCUCAGCUCUGCAUAGCAAUAAGUCAAUGCCACCUUCGAUAAGGUCCUUAACAUCUUCUAUUCUUUCAAAUGCGGCGCGAAAUCUCGAGACUCAAGCAAAAGUUGAUGCACAAUCUGACACAGCAAAGCGUUUGAGCACCGCUGCGCAAACUAACUUGGAGGCUAGCAUUGAUGAAUUCUCACGAAAUGGCCAUCAGGAAUUACAAUCGGGAUUAGGCUCGGCAUGGAGCUCUCGUAAUUGGCGCAAGCUGGCGUGGUACAAGCUUUUCUGGAGAGUGGACGACGUUGGAUUGAUCAUUGCUGACCUGGUCAGCAACGCGUGGCUACCCAAAACCGAAAGAGCCGUGUAUGAGUUAUCAGGUCGGCUGUCGCAAGUUGGAAUAACUCCGGUUGAAGCUUCGCCGCCCAUCACCAGCUCUGAAGUCCUCCACGAAUCCGAUGCAGUGGCGACUAGUCCAGCUACGCCGGGAACGAUACUACAAGCCCAAGCAACUUUGGCCAGUGAUGGUCCACUGGAGGCGGUGCUGGAAAACACCAGGGGGACCACCAGCGUUAGAAUGAUACCCAUGAGACAACCAUCGCCUCUAUCCCUCUCCAUCUCGCGGUCUCGUGCGCUGCAGAUGGACGCGGCGAUCGCGGACCUGACGUCGACCGCUCAGCAAAUUGUGCUCAAGUUCCUUUCAAUCAGUGGUCUGUCAGCAGGGCUGUCGACGCUUGCAUAUCUCAGCCUGACACCGGGAAGCGUCUAUGAGGCGGGCACCAUCUUUGCGCUUGGGACCGCGUACGCGCUCUGGCGAAUGCAAGGCGAUUGGUACAAGGCCACCAAGGCCCUGGAAGACCGCCUCCUCGAUCAAGGACGCACGGUCAUUCAGCACAUUGUGGCAAGGAUGAGAGAAUUGGUCAAGAAUGCGGCCACUGUCCAAGUGGACCAGGUUGAGCUCCAGACUCGCCUCGAUGCCGAAGCCGCCGUGAAACGAGCAAGAGAAGAACUCGAUCAGCUAGAUUAAAGCCGCAUUGGCUGUAGCUACUCGCGAUGGCUGAGUCGUUGUAUAUCAAUUGUGCGCUCGUACGAAUAAAAGUCAUCUUACAGCUCCAAAACUAGCAGCGUCUUCCAUAUACAUCCGCGAGUACCUUCAGAGGUCUCAUAAUGUUCAUCAAUUGAUGGGACGCUCCGGGCUGUCAAUGGCCACUAUAUUAUUGACCUACUGUGGUAGGUCUAUCAGUUUGGGAUUGACUUGAGCUUUUAUUGGGACGUGUACCCUACUAUUCUUCGAAAU